AUGUCAGAAGGGAAGUUGGAAAAACCUGAACAAGAUUUCACGUCAGUCGUCGACGAACAGUUGCCAGAAACUGAGAAGCUAGCUAAGCAAGGACUUUUGCCUCAGGCUUUGGAACAAUUGCUAGCGCUAGAAAAACAAACUCGACAGGCUGCAGAUCUUGCCUCUUCCACCCGUGUUUUAGUUCACAUAGUUAAAUUAUGUUACGAGUCUGGGAAUUGGAAAUUAUUGAACGAAUACGUCAUAUUGCUUUCAAAGAAGCACGGUCAAUUGAAACAGGCUAUCACAAAGAUGGUACAAGAAACCAUGAAUUAUCUUGAAAAAACACCGGAUCAAGAAACAAAGUUGGAAUUGAUUGACACAUUACGCACAGUGACAGAAGGAAAAAUUUAUGUUGAAGUUGAACGUGCUCGUUUAACACGUUUGUUAUCAAAAAUUAAAGAGGAUGAUGGCAAGAUUAAUGAGGCUGCAGACAUAUUGCAAGAGUUACAGGUUGAAACAUUUGGGUCAAUGGAAAAAAGGGAAAAAACUGAUUUUAUAUUGGAACAAAUGCGUUUAACCCUCGCCAAGAGAGAUUACACUCGAAUGCAAAUCAUUAGUAAGAAAAUCAAUACUAAAUUUUUUGUUGAUAUCGAACAACAGGAUUUGAAACUUCGUUAUUACGAGUUAAUGAUUCAACAUGCAUUACACGAAGGACAAUACCUGAAUGUUUGCAAAUAUUGGCGUCAUGUAUACGAUACUCCUUCGAUCAAAGAGGAUGAAUCUAAAUGGAAAGAAGUUUUACAAAAUGUUAUCUAUUUUAUUGUACUUUCACCCUACGAUAACGAACAACAUGAUCUAUUGCAUCGUAUAUAUGAAGAUCCAAAUCUCAUUAAGCUUUCUUUGUACUACGAACUUGCUAAACAUUUUAUAACUCCUGAACUGAUGCGAUGGCCUCGUAUUCAAGAAUUAUAUGGAACUGCAUUAAGACAAACUCCAGUCUUUGCACAGGGUGAUGAAGCUGGUGAAAAGCGUUGGCAAGAUUUACAUAAGCGCGUAAUCGAGCAUAAUAUUCGUGUGGUUGCCAAAUAUUACACACGUAUCAAGACAAAAAGAUUGACACAAUUGCUAGAUCUUAACGAAGAAGAUACUGAAGAAUUUCUUUCAAAGCUCGUUGUUUCAAAGACUAUUUAUGCCAAGAUUGAUCGACCUGCAGGAAUAGUUUCUUUUGCUUUUCCCAAAGAUGCGAACCAAGUGCUUAAUGACUGGUCAAAUAAUAUUAAUUCAUUAUUGGCUUUAAUCGAAAAGACAUGCCAUUUAAUUACAAAAGAAGAAAUGUUACAUAGCAUUGCUAGAGUGAAGUGA